AACUUAGUAUGGGGAGUAUCUGAGCAUGUAAUAACUCGCCUCAUGAGUCCUACAAAGGGUUGACUACAACCCAAAAGUCUCAUUGCCGUGUUCCUUCAAGUUUUAUGACCAGAAAUAACUCUGAAUACUUCGAACAGACCAAAGACAUCAGGUAUCUCACAACGGAGGACUCUAUCUGUGAAGAAGGCCUUUCAAUGAACGACACAGGCCUCGAACCCCCAUCCCCCCUCUUCCUCCAACCCUCCAAAAACUCCAACAAAAUCCCCGUCAUAAGCUCCUGAAUCAACGCCUUCAAAUUCUUCGACCCAGAGAUGUACAAAAACUUCCGCUUAAAAACCCAAAAAGCCAGGAACAACUAUUACCUCGCUCUGCACAACAUUGACAACCCGUGCCUCUCCAGGGAUAAGUUGGUCAAGAAAUGUAAGGUCCUUAAGAAACGGAAGUACCUUACCCAACGCCUGGUAGAGUUAAAUUGAGAAUACGUGAAUAAGCAGCAAGGAAUUUGGAAGAUCAAGCAAAAGGUCAUGGUUUAGUAGUCCUGGAGAGGAUUAUUGGUUUAGGAUUU